AUGCCGCCAGAGAAAAGCAAGCUCUCUCGCCGCCCUUCGCGCAAGGAACCAGCGCAAGAUGCGACCAACCCGCAGGCUCGGGAGAUCGAAUUGAAGCGCGCACGAGGCGAGGUUAGCUGUGCCGAGUGUAGACGGCUAAAGAUACGAUGCGACAAGCAAAUCCCAUGCCAAUCGUGCACACGACGCGGAUGUGCGUCCCUUUGCCCGAAUGGCGCGCUCGCGACAGGGCAAGGCACGCGCUACGUGCUCGCGGCCACAGAACACCUUCAUCGCCGUCUUGGCCGCUUGGGAGAACGCAUCAGGGCCCUUGAAGCUGGGCUUGAGGCCUCACAAAGGCGGGUUUCGAAGGAGCCACAUCCCCUACUCGCGGAGGACAAGCUACUUGUCAACGUCGAUCAACUCAUAGCUGAAGCUGAGAGCUCGCCAAGUCCAUCUCCAGCGCCACAGGCGCGCGACGAUAUGAUAGACGCCUUUGGGACGCUCUCCAUCAGCGACCAUGGCGUUUCUCGUUUCUUUGGCCCGACAGGCGGCGCAGAGAGCUUGCUUAUGGCUACAACUUCAAUCAUUGGCGGCAAGUCCCCACACUGGUCAGGGAGCUCCCAAACUACCACGACACCAAGCCCUGUGCCCUCCUCGCCACCAACGUCCCCCGCAUCAUACACGGCGAAUCCGACAUUGUUCUCGCAUACCUUCCCAUUCACCCCCAUCGGCAGUCAAGGCGACGUCUACGCACUCAUUCUGACCUACCUCCCACCUCUACGAGACGCCCUCGCGCUCAUUGACGCGUAUUACGACCCCGCGAACGCCCUUCGGCGGGCCACACCCUGGGCGCAGGUCAAGUGCGACAUGCUCCCGCGACUAUACCCCGAUUACCUACCGCCACAGCCGCCAAUGCCCGACGAAGACCACGUCGACGACGACCGGUAUGGCAAGGACUGCACGGGACCGCAUGCACUAGCGCUUCUGUUCAUGGUCUUCUCUGUGGGAGCCCUCGUACGCUGUGGUGAACCUGGUGGCACGGAGCUCGCUGUGCACUACCGGCAGCUCGCGCAUGCAGCCUUACAGUUGCGCCAUCUAAUGGAGACACCGAGCAUCUUCACUAUUCAGGCGCUGCAUCUCAUGAGCAUGUACUGCGCGCUCAUGAGCCAGGGUGGCGUUGGGCCGCAUGAUGAGAGCGCUGAGACCACCAUGGAGACGUCUUGGAGUUUGCUCACUUUCGCGUGUCAUUUGUGUCAGACGAUCGGUCUACAUCGCGACUCAGAGCGCUGGGGCCUGUCAGCCAAGAUGAUACGACGACGUCGACAUCUGUUCUGGCAACUGUUCACCGCAGAUAUUUGGCAGAGCCUAAAUACCGGCCGACCACCAGCUUUCUCCAGACACUACAUCGACUGCAAUUUCCCUGAAUACCCGGCGAACGAGCAGGACACAGGCAUAUUGGAGACGUGGCACUUCAAGUUCGCUUCCGAAUGCCUUUCUGAGGUCGUCGCCCGGAUGGUCGUGGCGGAGUCGCCGAACUACGCCGUCGUCAUGGCCCUCGACAAGAAGGUCCGCGAGUUCGCCCUGCCGGAGGGUAAGGACGCGCUGAAGAGGGAGACGAAGAACAAAGUGGGCUAUGGUAUGCUAGAACAUGUGAAGGAGACCGUGCUUUUGUUCAUCCAUCGGUCAUUUUUUGCACAGGCCAUCCUCGAACAGCCCAUUAAUCCGUUGAAGUCAAAUUAUGCGCCAUCCUUCCUCGCUGCGUACCGCGCGUCUACGACCAUACUCAAGUCUGUGAAGGAGCUUUACGAGAUCGCGCCUACUUCAGCAGCGCGGCAUCUGAGUAUGUGGACGCAAGCCUUCGGCGCGGCGAUCGUCUUCGGGACAGUGGUCACUCGCGGUCCGAAGUCGCCUCUAGCGAGUUCAGCUAUGCAGGAACUCGACCAAGCAUGCACGUUGUUUGCAAAGGCUGCAGUGCGCAGUAAGCGCGCGGUUGCGGCUUUGCCUAUCCUGCAGAAGCUCUCCGCCCAGGCGCGCUCGGCGCUGAACAACGACAGCGAAAACGCUCCGCCCCAGCUGCCCAACACUGCCCGGCAAGACCAAGACGACGAGGACGUGCUCGCCAUCUUCGCCGGCCAUGCCCGCUUCGUCUCUCCGGCGGCGAAGUCCACGUUCUCGCGCCGGGGCGCAACCAGCUGCGCGCCCGUCAAGUUCCAAUACAGCCCACCAGCACCCUCGCCGAUCCGCCAGGGGCCGCCGCCUGCACCCGCGCAGUCGCUCGCGGCCAUCAUGCACGACGAUCGUGAGCUCGACAGCCUGCUCUCGCGUGCGUUUAAUCAGCAGCAGCCGCAGAGUCAGGGCUUUCUCGCGGGCGACUUCGACGGCUUCAGUCCGGCGAGGCUGGGGUGGGAUACGAACGCUGGGGCUCCGGUGCCGCCGCCGCAGGGCUUCGUGAACCCGGGGAUGUCGCGCUUCACCCCGUUCCCGAUGCACCAUGGCCAGCAGGCACCGUAUCGGAACGCGGAUGGGUUCUAUGGGAUGCAGAUGGGUGUGGGCUAUGAUGCGCCGAUGGGGCCUGCCCAGGGCGGGCCGCCAGCAGAGCCUAUGCUUGAUCCUCGGUGGUCCUCUUUCAUGAUGAAUCAUUAG